UCAUGUUGUUAAGUUUAUCGCAUGUUUGAAGAGGAUCGAUUAGGACUUAGUGGCUAUAUUUAUCGCAGAUAAAUACCGAUUUGAACAACAGUUUUGACCAGCGGUAAGUCCUUAUUUAGACAACCGUGGAGAUAUUGACGCAGCGGACUUGAAAUUGACUGUCCGGCAGAUGGGAGCCACACGAAACCACCAGUAAACAAACUGACCACUGAUGUAAAACAACUGACCGUAGCAUGUUACAGGUGAACAAACAGUCAUGGCUAGUUUAAAUGACCCGGAUGUAGACCAGGACAACGAGGCUCCGGAAUUACCGCCACUUAGCGGGUUUACAACACAGCCGAACCCUAGGAAAAAAUUUAGUCUUAAGCCAGAGGAUGGGGAAAAACCGUCCAGGUCUUUGACGGGCGAUGAGUUGGCAGAGAUCCGCAGAUCAUUCUCGAUUAUAGACGCGAAUGGUGACGGGAAGAUAACUUUGGAGGAACUAAAGAGUGCCGCCUACUGUCUGGGCAUGAACCCCACAGAGGAGGAGGCCCGCGAAAUGCUGGAAGAGGCCGACCUCGACGGUGACGGCUGUAUCGACUUUGAAGAGUAUAAAAACUUGAUGAUGUUCAACUACAUAUCAAUUGACAUGGAAAAAGAGAGUAUGAUCGCCGCCUUCCAGGCGCUUGACAAGAACGGUGACGGGUUCAUCUCCGUUGACGAGCUCAGGAAGGCGCUUAUGUUCAAGGACCCGAGAUUUUACCCCGGAAAUGACGACGAGGCGUUGAUGUCCGUUCUCUUUGAGGCUGAUGCUAACGGCGACGGCAGGAUAGAUUAUAUCGAAUUUGUGACAUCCAAAAUGUGUUCCAAGGUUUUCUAACAUAUUAAAGUUACCGGGGAAAUAAAUGUGCUGGAACACCAACACAAAAUGGCGGAUAUGUUAUGAACCACCGUGAUCCUUCGAGAUGUUUUGACACUGAUGAUAAUGAUCUUCUAUAUCGACAGAUGUGUCAUUUGUCUAGAGAAAGACUGUGUCAGAGCUUGAAAAUAUAAUCAGCUACAAAAAUUCCAGGAUUCACGAAAGAAGACAAUAUUUCCGUUCGGAAAACGUUUCACAUUUCAUAACAUUUCAAUAUUAGCGAAAUUCAAUCGGAAUGUAUGACGUAACUCUGGUGACGAACAUGCCGUAACGUUACUGUGGUGAAGAAACAUGACUAUAUAAUCCACUAAUGUGAUACAAAUAUGGGGAUGCUGAUUAUAUGACGUCAUUCAGCUAAUGUGGACGAAGUAACGUCUUUAUUGAUGCAAAUAAAAUGAUUCACUAUUAUGAUGAAAAUUA